UAGUAUUACAUGCAUCCAAUAGAUGCAAAGUCUUUAAAAGCAUGCAGGAAACACUUUGCAUGCAAACAAGUCACAAGCUAAAAGCUAUAUAGACUUAUAAGUGAAACACAACGUCUGCCUCCUUAAAAUAUGAGAGCUAGUCGUGUGACUAUGAUACUUCUGGCGGUGGUGGCGGUGGGCUCGAGUCUGAGCCGCUCAAGAGUCAUUGAAGACAGUAACAGUAAGGCUGAGUGCAAGAGUAUCGAGGAGAUUCCAAUGUGUGCAGGACUUGGCUAUGAAGCAUUUGCGCUACCAAACAUCCUCAAACAAGACAGCAUAAGCCAGAUCAAUACCGAGCUAAGCGCUCUGAUUGGUGCGACUCAAUGUUCCAACGCUUUGGUCUACUUCUUAUGUUCUCUGUACGCUCCUUUUUGCUUUAACAUGCACUUUAACGGUGAAAAUGUUGCACAAACCUUAUCCCCCUGCCGAAACCUGUGCUUGUAUGUCAGAGAGGGGUGCAUCGAUGAUAUACAGAGGCUGGAGCUCAGCCACUUGAACUGUGCCGAAUAUCCAGAUGGUGGCCUGUGCUUUGGUCCUUCAAAUUUUUCAAUUUUUGACCCAAUUGAAGUUCACACCAAAGAAGAGACAAUCUGUGACUACGAAGUAACCGAGAUACAGACCACCAGUGCAGCAAUAAUUUCCAGCAACACUACACCCCAGGAUGCCAUAACUUGCAUCCCUGCAGUGCUCCACAUAACUGUCGGGGAAACCAUUCAACUGACAGGCCUAAAACCCGAGACUAGGUACAUCUGCACUAUUCAGCAGGGAGAGCACACGUGCACAGUGGAGUUGACCACUCUACCACUACUAAGUAUACAGCUGAUCAACAGUACUCCGGAUGUGUACAACAAUUCUAUUCACUUGGAGUUUGAGACCAACCGAGCCGUGGCCACACUACAAUGCCAGCUGCUCCCCAUAGACAAUAAAAUAAAUUGCAGUGGCGGGACAGUGGACUUUGAAGGGGUGGACCCUGGUCAUCACACGAUACGGAUACUUGCUGAGAACAGUGCAGAUGACAGAGCCACCAUUAGAGUGCGUGCGAGGGUGUUAAAACCUGGCCAUUGCACUGUGACUCUCAUUAACCAACAGUGGGCGUUGGAGGAGGGUGUGCUGACCGUAUGGUUCAAGGGACACCCAAAACAGGAUAGCUUCGAUUGUAAAGUGGCAGACGAGUUUGAGUGCCAUGUCCACACAGAUACAGCUGACCCUCCAUCUUUGACUGCAACAAUAGCAUUAACCGAAGGGACCCACACAAUACAAAUUUCUCCUAAGAAGUCGGGAAACGAAUGUACUAGAAGAUACCCACGAAAAAUAACUGUGACUGUGUAGCUCCAUAAUUAAGUGUAUAUACGACACAAAACCAAAUUUCUGAAAAUAUUGUUUGAAUUGUGAUUAUAAUAAUUAUUAUGUCCAUUAUAAAACUGUGCUAUAACAAGUUUUGUGCUCAG